GGCGGGGACAGGGCGGGGGCGGGUCUGUGGGUUAAGACAAGACCGCAGCCCGGCGCAGACAGCUACAGCAGCUGGCGGGGUUGGUGGCGGCAGAGUUGGCGACUGUAGCGAGUGUCCGCGAUGGAACAGCCCAGGAAGGCGGUGGUGGUGACGGGAUUUGGCCCCUUUGGAGAGCACACAGUUAAUGCCAGCUGGAUUGCUGUUCAGGAGCUGGAGAAACUGGGCCUGGGAGACAGUGUUGACCUUCAUGUGUAUGAAAUUCCUGUGGAAUACCAAACAGUCCAGAGGCUCAUACCUGCUCUGUGGGAAAAACACAGCCCUCAGCUGGUAGUCCAUGUAGGGGUGUCUGGCAUGGCAACUACAGUUACCUUGGAAAAAUGUGGCCACAACAACGGAUACAAAGGGCUGGACAACUGCCUUUUCUGUCCUGGCUCCCACUGCUGCGUAGAGGAUGGGCCAGAAUAUAUUGACUCCAUCAUUGACAUGGAUGCUGUCUGCAAGAAAGUGACCACCCUGGGUCUGGAUGUCACAGUGACCAUAUCCCAGGAUGCCGGCAGGUACCUGUGCGAUUUCACUUACUACACCUCCUUAUACCAGAGCCACGGCCGGUCCGCCUUCGUGCACGUCCCUCCGCUCGGGAAACCCUAUAACGCAGACCAGUUGGGCAGAGCCCUGCAAGUCAUCAUCGAGGAGAUGCUGGACAUGCUGGAGCAUUCGGAAGAGCAGAUCAGCUACGGCGGCCAGCACUGAGCGGGCCGGGCGGAUGCUCACGGUCACCCGGGGGCCGUCCCCUGCUGAGGACUCCAGGUAUGCCGUCCAGCCCUGCCGUGCGGGCCGCGACCUCCACACGCCGGCACACAAACUCGGCUUUGCUCCAUUUCUCUGAUGCUCCCUUGGCACCCGUGAAGGUGAUUCACGAAAAGGGGCAAAGGUUUCUCUUCCUCCUUUCCUUUCCUUUUCCUUUUUGAAAGCCACCUGCAACCGGUUACUCUGUUUCCUGAAGUGGCCAAACUUUCCGCAGAGUCUAUCCAUUAGUCCAGUGGCAUCGGCAGACUCGAUUACAUGCUGGGGUCCAGACGGUCAGGCCUGACAUCUGGAAGCGGAGCGUUUGGUUAAGGGGAAACUGGGGGAUGGCCGCCCCUCGCCUCCCCGUGGUGCCCGGCUGGCCUUCAUCUCAAAGGCCGGCCCAGGCUUUGUGUAAAGUCAAAGAGGGGCCCCCCUGGAGGCCGCUCGGGAGAGCCUGCGUGAAGACGCACGCUGAGUCAUCCAUGAUCCUUUGGGGCUCAGAGUCAAACAUGAGACAGCAAAGGCUUCUUUGGGGUUGCUUUGGGGCUUUCUCCGAAGCUGGGUUUCCGUUUCUUUCCCUCAGCCCCGAAGGUUCAGGCCAGCAAGGUGGCUCUGAGCCCCACUGUUUGUCUGGGGGCCCUUGAGAGGGGCCAGAUCGAUCUUUCCAGCUGCCCAGAGCGUGGAGGGGAGCCUCCCCUUCCCCGCGGCGCCCUCCUUGCCAAUUGCCCCACCUCUGCCCAGAGCAGAGGCUUUGUGUGGCCUGGGAGAAAAGGCUUUGAUUUAUGUGUGCAGGAGCGGGAUGUGUGGCUCCCAAAGCAGAGCCCACCCAGCAGCUCGCCCAGCUCAAGCAAACCAACCAACCCAAAGCUCCAGGGCCUCCGUAGCUGUGUCCUUCGCCUAGCCUUGUGGCCUUCCAGGCCGCCCCAACCGCCCACCUUUGCAGGGCUUCUUUAUGGGCUCUUCUUUUUCUGCUUUGCCCCUCUCUGGACUGAGGGGGGGUCCGUGAUAGGGGCUCUGUUUAAGAACUGCUGAUGACUGCAUUACGUUUGACCCUUUCCAAAGGGGAUUCCCGGCAGCACUAAAACCUAGCAGCCUCCUCCCUCUUCCUUGGAUACACCUCAGACCUGAGGAGGCCUCCAGUGGGGUUGGGGGAAGGGGCUGCGAAGAGACCGGAGGGUAGCAGGAGCCUCUGGGACCCUGGCGGGGGAGGUGGGCCAAGAGAACAGGAAGGGAGCCAAGCAUUGGGCUUUCCAGCUUGCCCCCAUCCACAAAAAGUGGCCUGUGACUGUGGUUGUGCAAUAGCGGGCAGCACACAGCAUGACCAGAGUCCCUGUGGGCCAAAGCGAAACCAGGCAUUGCUGAGCUAUGUUGUACAGACAUAGACAACGUAGAAGCCACGUAGACACAAAAGCCGAGUCCAGCGACUCCUGAAAAUAGCCACAUCUCAGCGGCCUCUGCUCAAGAAUCCCACCUUUUCCUUUCCAAGCCUUUUUCUUUUUCAGAUAAAUAUGAUUUUAUUAUCUAAAUGUGAAAGAUGCCGGAGUUGGACUCAUUGAGAGCCAUCAUAUCAGCAUUUCCCAGCAUCAGAUUCCUUUUUAAACAUAUUUUUUAAUGAAGGAAAAAUGCAAGAUUUUUUUUUUGAGGGCAUGAGCAGUUUCUCUUCUUUUCUCUUCCUUCGGAGACAAUAUGGCUUAGUGCUUGAAGGGCUGCGUUUGCAACCAGGGAGACCUGAGUUCAAAUCCUGCCUCUGACAUUUCCUAGCUAGCUGAGUAACCAAGGGCCAUUGUCUCCUCUAGGAAUGGGGAUAACAAUACCUGUAGUACCUACCUCACAGGGCUGUUGUGAGGCUCUAACGAGAUCAUGGCUGUGAAGGGCUUUGCCAAACUGAAAGUCCUGUAUAAACAUUGAGUUAUUACUUCCUGAGCCGCAGAACCUUUGGAAAACAUACCCAUUCUGAAGGUGGGAUCUCUCUCCAAAAGGAUCAGGGAAUGGGAACAGGAACAGGAAUGGGAGCUUUGUGCUGAGUGGAGCAAGAAGUCUGGGAAAGAGUCCUCAGCGCCUACCAGAUUCCAGUCUCGGGGCUGCUUUGGUACAGCCAGGCAUUCCCAUGCCUUCCAGCUCCAUGGGGCCAUCUUGCCACUUUGUUGUGUCUGACCUAUCACCAUACACUCUCCCAGGAGGCAGCCCUCUCCUCUCCCCAUUCCGCUCUCCAUCCUGAAGUAGCCACAUGUCUGAUUGGGCAAGGUCUGAGUUCUUGGCCUGGUAGCCUGAAGUGUUAGAGGAGUGUGUGAGGAGUGUGUGUGUGUGUGUGUGUGUGUGUGUGUGUGUGUGUGUGUGUGUGUGUGUGUGUAUGCAAGUCGACAAUUUCCUAUUGGAAACUCUCCUAUUUAAGCUUUUUAUAAACAGGAUGUUUGUGGAGUUUGUGACUAGUCAAUCUCAAUGUAGAUGAGGGAGAAUACUCUGGAAUGUCUUCUGAGGCCAUGAACUUUGGCACUACCUGCAGGGAAGAGUGUGAGGCAGGUGGGAGAGAAGUAGCGGAGGAAUCCAGGGAGAAGGGACAGCCCUGAACAAGAUAGCCUUUGGGGGACUUUUCUCAAACACAUUUUGUGUCAGUCAACCUGUCUCUGGAUAGAAAACUUCCCCUCUCUCCAAGGUUCUGCUCAUUUCGGGGGGUGGGGGAGGGUUCUUUUUGUUUUAUUUUAUUUUAUUUUUUGGUUUUUAUUUCCAAUCCAUGUUUAAAGCAUUGUGUGAUUUUAUUUACUAGAACUAUAAAUUAUUCUAUAAUCAUUGAUUUUUCAACUGAGUAAGUAAGUAGCUGAGGCCCAUCUGUAGAGAUGGGGCUCAUAUCUUGUCCUUAGUGAAUUUUUGUAUAGCGAUCACAGUCAUUGUGGUAUUCAGCUCAUUUUAUUUAAUCUGAUUUAAAUUAAACAUUUCACUCAUCAUUGCCAA